AACAAGCGGCCCCGAGCGGCGCCCCGGCCGCCCCUGCCUGGGCCGGGCCCGGCUCUGGCUCUGGGGCGGGGGCUCCGGGCUGCCCCGCGACGUGACGCGGCGCCGCCGCCGCCAGACGGGCCCGGCCGCCGGCGGGACAGGACCGCGCCGCGGUCCUGGUGCUGUGCCGGCCGCUCUGCUCCGCUGCCGCCGCGGGCCCGGCUGCCGCGGCUGCGUCCCCAUGGUCGCGCGGACGGCGGGGCGGCGCGGGGGCCGGAGCGCCUCGGGGCGCUGACGCCGGAGAGGCUGCCGGGCCCGCCGCUGCCCGGACCCCGGUGCCCCGCGGCUGGGGGAAGCCCCGAUACGCUGAUGGAUCUGAGGCCCUGCUCGCUGCUGCUGCUGUGGACGCUGGUGGUUGCCCUCGCUCUCCUGGCCCGAGAGGUGCUGGCCCAGCGCGUCUACACGAACACCUGGGCCGUCCUGGUCCCCGCGGGGCCCCGGGAGGCGGACAGGCUGGCCGAGAAGCAUGGAUUCCUCAACCUGGGCCUGAUCUUUGGCGACUACUACCACUUUCGGCACAGCGGCGUGGUGAAGCGCUCGCUCUCGCCCCACCAGCCCUGGCACAGCCGCUUGGCCAGGGAGCCGCAGGUGCAGUGGCUGCAGCAGCAGGUGGCAAAGCGCAGGACCAAGCGGGACGUCUUCAUGGAGCCCACCGACCCCAAGUUCCCGCAGCAGUGGUACCUGUACAACACAAACCAGCGGGACCUGAACGUGCGCCAGGCCUGGGAGCAGGGCUACACCGGCAAGGGCAUCGUGGUCUCCAUCCUGGAUGAUGGCAUCGAGAAGAACCACCCGGACCUGGAGGGCAACUACGAUCCGGGGGCUAGCUUUGAUGUCAACGACCAGGACCCAGACCCGCAGCCCCGCUACACGCAGAUGAACGACAACAGGCACGGCACGCGCUGCGCUGGGGAGGUUGCUGCCGUGGCAAACAACGGGAUCUGCGGCGUCGGCGUGGCUUACAACGCCCGGAUCGGAGGCGUGCGCAUGCUGGAUGGGGAGGUGACUGAUGCCGUGGAGGCCCAUUCCCUUGGCCUCAAUCCCAACCACAUCCACAUCUACAGUGCCAGCUGGGGCCCCGAGGACGACGGGAAGACGGUGGAUGGCCCGGCCCGGCUGGCGGAGGAGGCUUUCUUCCGAGGGGUCAGCCAGGGUCGAGGGGGGCUCGGCUCCAUCUUCGUCUGGGCGUCCGGGAACGGGGGCCGCGAGCACGACAGCUGCAACUGCGACGGCUACACCAACAGCAUCUACACGCUGUCCAUCAGCAGCACCACGCAGUACGGCAACGUGCCCUGGUACAGCGAGGCCUGCUCCUCCACCCUCGCCACCACCUACAGCAGCGGCAACCAGAACGAGAAGCAGAUCGUGACAACUGACCUGAGACAGAAAUGCACCGAAUCGCACACGGGGACGUCGGCCUCGGCGCCCCUCGCCGCCGGCAUCAUCGCCCUCGCCCUGGAGGCAAACAAGAACCUGACGUGGCGGGACAUGCAGCACCUGGUCGUGCAGACCUCGAAGCCGGCGCACCUCAACGCCAACGACUGGGUCACCAACGGCGUCGGCCGCAAAGUCAGCCACUCCUACGGCUACGGCCUGCUGGAUGCUGGGGCCAUGGUGAGCCUGGCCAAGAACUGGACCACGGUGGGACCUCAGAGGAAGUGCGUCAUCGACAUCCUCACGGAGCCCAAGGACAUCGGGAAGCGCUUGGAGGUUCGGCGGAAGGUGGACGCUUGCCUGGGCAAGGCGAACUACAUCAGCCGGCUGGAGCACGCGCAGGCCAGGCUGACGCUGUCCUACAACCGGCGGGGGGACUUGGCCAUCCACCUCGUCAGCCCCAUGGGCACCCGCUCCACCCUCCUGGCCUCCCGGCCCCACGACUACUCGGCGGACGGUUUCAACGACUGGGCCUUCAUGACGACGCACUCCUGGGACGAGGACCCGGCCGGGGACUGGGUGCUGGAGAUCGAGAACACUAGCGACGCCAACAACUACGGCACGCUGACCAAGUUCACGCUCGUGCUCUACGGGACGGCGACCGACUCCCCCGGUCUCUCCAACCAGCUGGAGAGCAGCGGCUGCAAGACGCUGACCUCCAGCCAAACCUGCGUGGUCUGCGAGGAGGGGUACUACCUGCACCAGAAGAGCUGCCUGAAGCGCUGCCCGCCCGGCUUCGCGCCCGGCGUCCAGAGCACGCACUACGCGCUGGAGAACGGCGUGGAGCCCAUCUCGCCCCACCUGUGCCUGCCCUGCCACCCCUCCUGCGCCACCUGCUCGGGGCCCACGGCCAACGAGUGCCUCACCUGCCCGGCACACUCGCACUUCAGCAGCCUCGACCUGUCCUGCUCCCACCAGACGCAGAGCAGCCGCGCGUCGCCCGCCCUGGCCGACGGCGAGGGCCUGGCCGAGGCCCCCCCGCCCGCCAACCUCCCCGUCCUCAUCGCCAGCCUCAGCUGCGUCCUCAUCGUCAUCAUCUUCGUCACCGUCUUCCUGGCACUGCAGCUGCGCUCGGGCUUCAGCCUGCGGGGCGUGAAGGUCUACGCCCUGGACAGCGGCAUCAUCUCCUACAAGGGGCUGCCCUCGGAUGUGUGGCAGGAGGAGGGCCCCUCCGAGUCGGACGGUGAGGAGUACGAGGCCCACAGCGAGAGGACUGCCUUCAUCAGAGACCAAAGUGCCCUUUGAUGAGCCCUCCGGCCCCUCCGGCCUGCCCGGCGCCGCGGCCGGCCAGGCCCAGGGGCCCGGACUCUGCUCCCGUCCGCUCCCGCGUGGCCCCCGUCUGGCACCGUCCCGCAGCGCGGCCCGGGCUGCUCCGGGGCCCUGCUGCUGCCGUCCCGCGCUCAGCACCAUCUCAUUGCCCGGGCUGCUCCGGGGCCCUGCUGCCGCCGUCCCGCGCUCAGCACCAUCCCGCGGCCCGGGCUGCUCCAGGGCCCUGCUGCCAUCGUCCCGCACUCGGCACCAUCCCGCGGCCCGGGCUGCUCCGGGGCCCUGCUGCCGCCAUCCCGCGCUCAGCACCAUCCCGCGGCCCGGGCUGCUCCGGGGCCCUGCUGCCGCCGUCCCGCGCUCAGCACCAUCCCGCGGCCCGGGCUGCUCCAGGGCCCUGCUGCCAUCGUCCCGCACUCGGCACCAUCCCGCGGCCCGGGCUGCUCCGGGGCCCUGCUGCCGCCAUCCCGCGCUCAGCACCAUCCCGCGGCCCGGGCUGCUCCGGGGCCCUGCUGCCAUCGUCCCGCACUCGGCACCAUCCCGCGGCCCGGGCUGCUCCGGGGCCCUGCUGCCGCCGUCCCGCGCUCAGCACCAUCCCGCGGCCCGGGCUGCUCCGGGGCCCCGCUGCCAUCGUCCCGCACUCGGCACCAUCCCAUGGCCUGGGCUGCUCCGGGGCCCUGCUGCCAUCGUCCCUCACUCAGCACCAUCUCAUGGCCCGGGCUGCUCCGGGGCCCUGCUGCCGCCGUCCCGUGCUCGGCUGCUCCGGGAGCCCCACUGCCGCUGUCCCGCGCUCGGCACCACCCUGCAGCUCAGCCUGGGCUGCUCCGGGGCCCUGCUCCUGCGGGGCCUGCACCAGCACCGUCCCGGGCUGCUCCAAGGGCCCCGCGGCCGGUGUCCCGCGCUCGGCACCGUCCCGGCUUUGCACUGCCUUGUCCGUCCCGCGCUCGGCACCGGCACGCUUGGUGGCCCCGGGGACCGUCGCUGGCCCUGCACUGGCAGCUGGGGCAUCUGCUCCCUGGGGCCGCACGCGAGCCCCAGGGCUGGGGUUGCAGUGUGGGGCAGUGCCGGGUGGGGGGCUCUGCCCUGAGCCAGCCGGGGCGCGGGGUCCCUCUGCCCCCGCGGCCCCCAGCGCCUGCCUGGGCCCAGCUGCCUCCCCGGGUCCCCGCCGGCCUCCGCUCCGCCCGCGCCCCUCAACAGCAAUAAUGGCCAGGCCUCGGCCGUCACUGCCCGCUUCCCGCUGCCUCCCGUCCCCGGUGGCCGCGGGGGACCCGGCGCCUCGCUGUGCAGUGGGGCAGCGGGGAUGGUGCCCGAGCCGUGCCAGUGCCCGAGCCCUGCCCCGGCUGUGCUGGCUGCACCCGUGGCUCAGCCCCCCGGGGCCGGGCUGCGCGUUGGCGCCUGGCUGCGCUGCACCAGAGCCGGCUCUGCCCCGUGCUCCUGCCUGCGCUGCACCAGAGCCGGCUCUGCCCCGUGCUCCCGCCCGCGCGGGGCCGGGGGGCCGGGGCCCUUCCCGCGGCAGUGCCCCAGGCGGGUCCCCGCGGCGGCCCGGCGCGCUCCCCCCGCCCCCCGACGUGCCUUGCCCCCACUCGGUGACAAUCCGUUCUGCUCCCGGCCGGAGCCCCCGCCGCCCUCGGUCCCGCGGCUCCCGGGGCCGGGCCGGGGCCGCGCGCCCCCCCGCAGCCCCCCACGCGCCGGGGCCGCGCUGCCCCACGGCGGUGCCCCCCGCCAGCCCGGGCCCCGGCCCAGCCGGCACGGUGCCGCCCGCUGGGGGCCACAGGACUAUUUUUCUAUAAUAACUUUUUGGUGCACAGUAAUUUUUUCUUGUAAUUUAAUCAGCCGGGAGCUGCCUCCUGAGCCUGUUUUUAAUUUAAUGGAUGUGGAUAUAACGCUAGAGAGACUGAGUUAUUAAAUGUUCAGAACUAUGCAAACCA